GCCGCCGCCGCCGCCAGCAGCAGCAGCAGGGGCAGGAACAGGAGCACCUCACUGGCAUUUAACGAGCGGAGCUGCUAGUUGCGCUGGAGAGAGACGCGCAGGGAGGAGGAGGAAGAAGAGGAGGAGGAGGACGGGAAGAGGAGAAGGAGGAGGGGAAGAGGAGGAGGAGAAGAAGAAAAAGAAGAAGAAGAAGAAGACGAGGAGGGAGAAGAGCAGGAGGAGGCCAAACGGACACCAACUGAAACAAAAGUAUUUCCAGACCAGCACCCAACUCCACCUUGUGAGGCUCCCACAGCAUGGCUUCCGAGGAACUCUACGAGGUAGAGAGAAUUGUUGACAAGAGGAAAAACAAGAAAGGAAAAACAGAGUAUUUGGUGCGAUGGAAAGGAUACGACAGCGAAGAUGACACUUGGGAGCCAGAACAGCACCUUGUCAAUUGUGAGGAAUAUAUACAUGAAUUUAACAGACGCCACAAUGAAAAGCAGAAAGAAAGCACAUUAACCAGGACAAACAGGACCUCUCCAAAUAAUGCCAGAAAACAAAUUUCUAGAUCUACCAAUAGUUCUUUUUCAAAGACAUCUUCUAAAUCUUUAGUUAUGCCUAAAGAGCACGAAUCGAAAAACAGUCAACUUUUCCCUGCCACACAGAAGUUCCGGAAAAACAAUUCACCAUCGCUUUCUGGACGUAAAAAUAUGGACCUUGCAAAAUCAGGCAUUAAAAUCCUAGUGCCCAAAAGUCCAAUUAAGAGCCGGACAACAGUUGAUGGCUUCCAGAAUGAAAGCCCAGAUAAAAUGGACCAUAUAGAGCAGGAUCAAGAUGAUUCAGUAGCACCAGAAGUAGCAGCAGAAAAACCUGUGGGAGCUUUGUUAGGACCUGGUGCAGAGCGUGCUAGGAUGGGGAGCCGACCGAGGAUACAUCCAUUAGUGCCACAAUUGCCAGUGCCAGUAACAGCCACAAUUGCAUCAGCAUUAACAAUAAAUGGGAAAGCAUCUCCCUGUAUUCUUCCCAGUGUUCUUUACUUCCUAUUUUCUUGUACACCCACCUUUAUGGAAGCAUUAGCAGCCAAUGGUACAACCAACAUCCAGACAGCUGUAACAGGAGUGACAGCCAGCAAACGAAGGUUUAUUGAUGACAGGAGAGAUCAACCCUUUGAUAAAAGGCUACGUUUCAGCGUGAGACAAACGGAGAGCGCGUACCGGUACAGAGACAUUGUUGUCAGGAAACAAGAUGGAUUCACACACAUUUUGCUAUCAACAAAAUCAUCUGAAAAUAAUUCAUUAAAUCCAGAGGUAAUGAAGGAAGUCCAAAGUGCACUGAACACAGCAGCUGCAGAUGACAGUAAACUUGUGCUGUUCAGUGCAGUUGGUAGCAUUUUCUGCUGUGGUCUUGAUUUUAUUUAUUUUAUACGACGUUUAACGGAUGAUAGAAAAAAGGAAAGCACUAAGAUGGCAGAAGCUAUUAGGAAUUUUGUGAAUACUUUUAUUCAGUUUAAGAAGCCUAUCAUUGUAGCAGUAAAUGGCCCAGCCAUUGGACUUGGAGCAUCUAUAUUGCCUCUGUGUGACGUGGUUUGGGCCAACGAGAAGGCCUGGUUUCAGACACCAUACACUACUUUUGGACAAAGUCCAGAUGGAUGUUCAUCCCUUACAUUCCCUCGGAUAAUGGGCCUGGCUUCUGCCAAUGAAAUGUUGUUCAGUGGAAGGAAGUUGACGGCGCAGGAAGCUUGUGCCAAAGGACUCGUCUCCCAAGUGUUCUGGCCAGGAACAUUCACGCAGGAAGUAAUGGUUCGAAUUAAAGAACUUGUCACAUGUAAUUCAGUUGUACUUGAAGAAUCCAAAGCUUUAGUACGUAACAUCAUGAAGGUGGACUUGGAACAAGCAAAUGAAAAGGAGUGUGAAGUUUUGAAGAAAAUUUGGGGCUCAGCACAAGGGAUGGACUCAAUGUUAAAAUAUCUGCAGAACAGAAUUGAUGAAUUCUGAUGAGAUGCCCAUGACACUGGAAUUGUAUUUCUUGGACAUCAGGGCAAGCAAAAUAUGCCCCUUUAUAAAAAACCUUAUAUAAACUAGCCCCUUGCUCAACUUGGGAACAGGAGUGGACACAUCCCCCCUCCCCUUUUAUUGUCAAGGGGUUUAAAAGUACUGUAGCUCUUAAAUUUGAACAAAACUCCUUUCUCCCUGAUUGUUACAUGCAGAUAUAUACACACACAAGUGUGUGUGCAUAUAUUGAUAUAUGUAUUUUAUAUAUAUAUACAUAUAUAUAUAUAAAUGUAAUAUGUGUGAAAGUGUGUAUGUAGACACACACACACACAAGGUAAAAAAAAAAUAUAGAGUGCACUACCAAACAUCUCUUUAAAAGCUCUAGUUUUUGUUAACUUUGGCUAGUACUGUAUCAAAUAGAGAAUUAAUUAAAAAGUGAAUGGUGUUGCAUUAUUUUCUGUGUGGCAGGGAAGUCUGGAGUAAUGCUUUUCUUUCCAUGAGAAUACAGAAUUGAAACGGGUAUUAGCCAGCCCUUGCUUUCUCUGCCCAAUGAGUCAGCUUAGAGAAAAGGCAUUGUCUCAGAAGAAGGUUGAAAUACCUCAAGUAAUAAAACAUUCUAAAAUUUUGGGGUAACUAAACCCUACUAUGCUUAAAUCACACUUACCCCAAAAAGAGAGUGUGCUCAGGAUUAAUGCUAAGGAAACACUCUUGUUAUUUUUUGGGGGAGAGGUAUAGAGGGGUGGCAGGAAGGGGCAGGAGUAUGUCUGAUUCUUACCCAGACACCAUGAAGAAACCACUGUCUCUUAGGGAAAGGGAAUAAGGGAGAGCCGGAGGGAAAUGGAAGGGGGAAGGAAAAAAAGAUUAAAAAAAAAAAUUAAAAAAAAAAACCAACACAAAAAAGCUUGUUUUGCAGUAUUAGUGAAUCACUGAAUAUCUUAUAUAUGAAUAUCCUAAGUUAUAAGUUAGUUUUAGUCGGUUUUUAAAAAGCCUCUCUGGGUUUUUUGUUUGUUUGGGGUUUUUUUGUUUAUUUUGGGUUUUUUUUAAUAACUACAUAAGUGCUCCUGUUGCUGGGUGAAAAUACUACUUUAUAUACAGUUUGGGGUUUGUUUUUUUGGUUUUUUUUCCUAUUUGCUGUUUUAAUUGAUGUAUUACACCAAAAAUACAUUUUAUGUUCAUAAAUUUUAGGUUCACUUAGAAUAUAUUAUUUAAUAAGUUAAAAUUCUUUUGGCACACUAUUAAGUAAAAAAAACUCUUUAAAAAAAAAACUACCUUAUAUUAGAUGUUUAAUGUUCUUCGUCUAUGCUUUUUUUAUUAUAUGAAAUAUACACUAUAUGCAGUAUGGUGUAAAAGAGUGCCCUGUGUAAAUAGACCUAUUUUGCAUUCCUUUCAGGAGUGGUUAUUGAUUCCUGACUGCAGAUAUCUAUUAUUACUUGGGUAUCUGUGCUUGCAAUCUUAUUGAAUGUAUUAUGAAGAAUGAAAAAGAAAUCAAACCUUAUUUUUGUACAGUUUUGAACUUUUUACUUGGAACUGACCCACCUCCCCUUCCCAGUGGAGAGCUGUACAGUGUGUAAAUCUGCCUUUACCUUGGAUUGGUACAGUAUUUUUGCAUCUGUGGGACCUACUGCUUUGUUCUAGUAGUUUGAACUAUAUAUAAACUGUACAAUCUGUAAAGUUUUUAUAGAAUAAAUAUUCAGCUGUGAAAACUGAUUAAAUAAAACUAAUAUUUCUUAACACAU